GGCUCAUUAACGUCCCGGUCCUCCGGUUGAAGGAUGCUGCUGCUGCUGCUGGCCCUCCUGCUGUGCUGCUGCCCGCGCGCACUGGGGCAACCGGAGGAAUCCCAGUUUGGAGACGACUUGGAGUCCGAGCUCGCGGACUUUGAUUUAGACAUCGCGCCCCGCAGAGUCCCGCGGCAGGUGAAGACGAUCCUCAGCAAGGAGACUAAGCCUCACAUCCAGGAGCUCGCCAUCAAGACCACCAUCAUCUCCCGCUACGCCUUCACCGCGGUGCACUGCGCGAUGCUCAACCGCCGCUCCGCCGCUGCAGAGGGCGUCUUCCAGUUCCAGAUCCCCGCUGGGGCCUUCAUCUCCAACUUCACCAUGAUCAUUGGCGGGCGUGUCUACCAGAGCGAGGUCACGCCGAAGAAAAAGAAGGUCAAGCAGGAGAACGGCGAGGCGGGGAACAAAGAGUCAGGUGACGCGAGCCCCGAGGAGGUGGAGGUGUUCAGGAUGGCGGCCAGCAUCCCGGGUCGGAACCGGGCCGUGUUCCUCCUGACCUACGAGGAGCUCCUGCGGCGGCGGCUGGGCCGCUACGAGCACGUGACCAGCCUGCGGCCGCUGCAGCUGGUCAGCCGCCUCAGCCUGGACGUCACCAUCGUGGACCACUCGCCCGUCACGGACCUCCAGGUGCUGCCGCUCCGCGGCGGGCGCAGCACCGGCUCCGCCCCACCCAGGAGCCCAGCCAAGCUCGAGCCGCCCGUCACCACCGCCAUCAGAAAGGAAAACAACGUCUGCAAGAUCACCUUCAGCCCCAACAUCAUCCAGCAGGCCAAGAUCACCACCAACGGCAUGCUGGGGGAUUUCGUGAUCCGCUACGACGUGCAGAGAGACAUGGGGAUCGGAGACGUUCAGGUCUUAAACGGACAUUUCGUGCACUACUUCGCCCCCAAAGACCUGCCGGUUGUGCCCAAGAACGUGGUGUUUGUGAUCGACACCAGCGCCUCCAUGUCGGGCACUAAGAUCAGACAGACCAAAGACGCUCUGUUCACCAUUCUGAAGGAUCUGCGACCCGGCGAUCGCUUCAACUUCAUCAGCUUCGCCAACAAGAUCAAAGUCUGGCAGCCGGAGCGCCUCGUAUCCGUGACGCCCCUCAACAUCAGAGACGCCAAGAAGUUCAUUUUCACGCUGGUGCCCAACGGAGGCACAAAUAUCGACGAUGCCAUCCGGACCGGCUCCGGGCUGCUGAGGGACUACCUCUCCGGCCCCGACGCCAGCCCCAACAGCGUCUCCCUCAUCAUCUUCCUGACGGACGGGCGCCCCACGGUCGGCGAGAUCGAGUCCGCCGCCAUCCUGGGGAACACCCGCUCCGCCGCGCAGGAGAAGUUCUGCAUCUUCACCAUCGGGAUCGGGAACGACGUGGACUACCGCCUGCUGGAGCGCAUGGCUCUGGAGAACUGUGGGAUGAUGAGACGCAUCAACGAGGAGGCCGACGCCAGCGCCCUGCUCAAAGGCUUCUACGAUGAGAUAGGAACUCCUCUGCUGUCCGACAUACGGAUCAACUACACCGAGGACUCCGUCCACUACGUCACGCAGCACCUCUUCCCCAACUACUUCAACGGCUCCGAGAUCGUCAUCGCCGGCAAGCUGUCCAACCGCAGCGCCGAGUCGCUCCGCGUCCAGGUGACCGCCAGCAGCAGCGACAGGACCGUUGUCCUGGAGACCGACGUCCCUCUACGGCGCCGCCAGGCGGAGACGGAGAAACGCGUGAGGGCGGCGACGACGACGGCGGCGGCGGCGGGAGCCCAGGCCGCGGGGUCGGGGGUCGCGCAGGGCCUGGGCCUUGUCUUGGGGUCGAUGGCGGAAGACUUCGUGGAGCGCCUGUGGGGUUUCCUGAGCGUCAAGGACGGGCUGCGCUCGCGGCUGCGCAGCCAAACGAGCGCGGAGAGGGAGGACCACGUGCGGCGGGUCGCCAAUCUGUCGCUGACCUACAACUUCCUCACCCCGCUCACCCACCUGGUGGUGGAGAGGCCCGAGGUCCUGGCGGACGGCACCAUGGCGACGGCGCCCGCCUCCCCCCCGCCGCCGUUGUCGGUGGGCGAGGCCGCGUCGACCGCCAACGAGCUGCCGGGAGACGGAAAUCCUCCGAUGUCAGACGGGGGGCCGGGCAGCGAGACCUCCUCCCUGAGCAACAAGAUCGGUAAAGUUGAGCGAAGACCAGCCAAGAAAUCCAUCACCUUCUCCAAGACAUCAGCGGACGGGGACCCCCACUUCGUGGUGGACUUCCCGCUCAGCAAACUGACCGUGUGCUUCAACAUCAACGGCGAGCCGGGACACAUCCUGCGCCUGGUGUCCGACCACCAGCGCUCCGGCGUGACCGUGAACGGGAAGCUGAUCGGCGCCCCGCCUCCGCCGGGCAGCCGCAAGCUGCAGCGCACCUACUUCAGCACCAUCACCAUCGUGGUGGACCGGCCCAGGCGCGCCUACAUCGAGGUGACCCCCAAGAAGGUCAUCCUGGACGGGCGGGACCGCAUGGUGCUGCCCUGCCACGCCACGGUGGCCGUGGACAGCGGCGCCCUGUCGGUGUCUGUGGCGGGGGGGUCCAACGUGACCGUGACGGUCGGGGGCAACAUCGUGUUCGUGAUCCUGCUGCAUCAGUACAAGAACCCGGCGCCCUACCAGAGGGACCACCUGGGCUUCUACAUCGCCAACGGCAAGGGGCUGUCGGGCGACUGCCACGGGCUGUUGGGUCAGUUCCUGCACGAGGAGGUGGGCCUGGCGCGGCUGCCGGCUGGAGGCCGCGAGGGGCCCGCCGCCGCGCUGAAGGUGAAGCGGCGCUCGGUGCCGGUGGUCCGGAAGAGCCGGAGGCUGUACGGCGGCGCGCGGACCGUGGACUGCUGGUUCGCCCGCAACAACGCGGCCAAGCUGAUCGACGGGCGCUACGAGGACUACGUGACGUCACACAUGUUCGACACGGCGGAGCGGCCGCACGGGACCAACGGGGCGUGAGACACGCCUCCACCGUACGAGUAUAUUUUUCUAUUUCUAAUGACGAUUUCAUGUUUUUUUUAAUUAUUAAAUUGGGCCUAUGUGUGUAUUUUUACAAUGAUUUUGUGAUCGUAAAUAAAAACACUUAAACACA